UAGUUUCUACUCCAUCCGAGGCCAGCAUGAAGAUAAACGAGAAGAAUUUGUCCGUGUUUGCGAGAACGCCGCCAUACGAUAUCGAAGGGUUCUUGAAUAAGCGGGGCGAGGUCAACAAAGCAUUUCAACGGCGGUACUUUGUGCUGAAGGGCAAUUUGCUGUUUUAUUUCGAAGCUCGGACGGAUAAGGAGCCUCUGGGCCUAAUUAUCGUAGAGGGAUGCACCAUAGAACUGUCCAAUGAAGUAGACAACUACUGCUUCGAGAUAGCCUUCAAUGGCAAUCGCACCUACAUCCUCGCAGCCGAAGAUCAGGAGAGCAUGGAGACAUGGAUGAAGGCACUGACCUGUGCCGGCUAUGAGUACAAACGGAUAAUUGUGGCAGAGCUGCAGAGGCAGCUGCAGGAGAUUGAGGACUCAAAAAAUAAGAUGCUCGGGAACGUGGGUGAGAGUUCGCAGAAUGCCAUAACUGGAUCUAAGCCCAAACCUCCGCCCAGGCGCACAAAUCCAUUCAAUCGUCCAGCACCGCCGCCGCCCGAAAGUGCACUGCGGAGCGGAGUGGUCAUGUCGCCCAUGCCAUUUGUCAAUGGGUACUUUGGCUCCAGCAAUGCGCGACUGCAGCAGGAGCACCUCGUGAUUAAGCAAGAUGGCAAUGGGAACGGAAGUCCACAUGGUACGCCUAAGGCGCACCGCCGUCCGGCACCUCAACCUGUGACCAGUGCCUUUUACAUCGAUCAUCAGAGCUCGGAAACGGCUGGCAGACCUACAGUAUUACCGCGCAACGCCAACAACAAUCACAUCGACAGCGCAGAGCAAAAGAGGCGACAGGCCAAGGCCAAGGAGGAUUUCAACAGAAACCAUGAGCAUUUUCGCAAGGAAUUGAUGCCCGGAAUAGUGGCUUAUCGGGCCACCCAAAAGCAGCCGCUCAUCCAAUUCUGAUAGAUGGGUGUGUGUGUUCCGAAUGUUCCCAAAAUGCCAACAGCAUGUAUUAUCCGCUUUGUGCUUAAUGAAAAUUGAUCACGUUUCACCAUUAAAAAUGUUUCUUAAUAAUAUUUGUUCAAAUAAAUAUUUGAAAAUUUA